GCCAAGAAAACAGUAGGUCGAACCUAUGGAGAUAACUGUACCACGGACGGGAAAUCUCUGCUGGUGUUUGGGCUCUAAACCCCGGGAUACCGCUGCUGCUGCUGUUGCUGCUCUUGGCUGUUGGAUAAUCGUCUUUGAUGCCACAUGCGGCGUCAUCAUAAGAUAUGGGCGAGAGAUGACGGUCCAACAAAGGGUCUUGCUUGGUGUAUAUCUACGAGAUGCUGCCAUUUCAAAUAAAAGGGUAGUUAGUUAAUACACAUAUCUAACUUAUCUACUUAAAUACCUAAGCCAGGCUUUCUCCCGUGCUGGUGUAGUGUUCGCUCCCUAGACGCCUAACGAACGAAGAAGAAGAAGAAGAAGAAAAAGACAAGGUCAAUCUAGGUAGCCAAUAGCGAUGAGCAACAACAACGACAACAUCACCACGGCGCAAAAAACCGAAGAGUCAAACUCCGAAUCGACGCAAAACGUCGAGUCCAGCCCGCCAGAGGCCUCAGACCAACAAGUCACGCCGCGCAAUGCCUCUCUGCAAGAAAAAACCGAGCCGCAGGAGCGGUCCGUAAGGGGCUUCCGCUGGUUCCUAGUCUGCCUGUCGAUAUUCUCGGCGAACCUGCUCUUCGGGCUCGACAACACCAUCGCGGCGGACAUCCAGGGCGCCGUGGCGGAGACGUACCAGAACACGGGGCAGCUGGGGUGGCUGGGCGUGGGGUUCACGCUGGGCUCGGCGGCGGGGAUCCUGCCGAUCGGCAAGUCGUACGCCAUUUUUGAUAAUCGGUGGGUGUUCAUCGCGUGCCUGGCCAACUUCGCGGCGGCCAGCGCGCUGUGCGGCGCCGCGCCCAAUAUGAACGCUAUGAUCGUCGGGAGGGUCUGGGCUGGCUUCGGCGGGUCCGGGAUGUACCUGGGCACGCUGAACAUCUCGACCGCGCUGGUGCUCCCGAAGGAGCAGCCGGUUUAUGUGGCGGGGACGGGGUUUAUUUACGGCGCGGGGGCGAUUCUCGGGCCGGUUGUGGGAGGUCUGCUUGCUGAUAGCCCGGCGACGUGGAGAUGGGCCUUCUAUCUCAACCUCGUCAUCUUCGGCGCCAUGUCGCCCAUCUACGUGUUCCUGGUCCCCUCCGUGCCGCGCCGGCCGGAGAUGUCGUUCCUCGAGAAGGCAAAGCUGAUGGACUGGCUUGGCAUCCUGCUCAACUCGGCCAUGUACUCCUGCUUUACGGUAGCGUUCCUUUUCGGCGGUGUCGAAUGGGCUUGGAACGACGGGCGUACCAUUACUCUCAUUGUCUUGGCAUUCGUCCUACUCAUCGCCUUCGUACUUACGCAGAAGUUCGCCAUUCUCACCGAUAAGGUCAACAGGCUGUUCCCGUGCAGCUUUCUGCGCAAUCCGCAGCUCGUGCUCAUGUAUAUCCUUAUGUUCUGCAGUGGUCUAAGCUUGUUUGUUGCGGUUUACUAUAUCCCGUUUUACUACCUCUUCGCGCGCGGCGAGAGUGGUACUCAGGCCGCCGUCCGCUUGUUACCUUAUAUCUGUUUCUACGUCGCGGCUAUCCUGAUCUGUGGCGCCGUUAUGGGCCGCGUUGGCUACCAUAUUGUGUGGUUCCUGCUCUCGGGGCUGUUCCUUACGGCCGGUUCGGCAGCUAUGUACACCGUGGACCCUUACACGUCGAAUGCGAAGAUCAUAGGGUUUUCAAUCCUUCUGGCGGUCGGAAUGACGGCGUCUCAAGCGCCAUAUGCCAUCGGCCACCUACUAGUAGAACCGGAACUCGCAGCGGAUCUAAUCCAAUACAUCAACAUCUCGCAAGGCUCAUCGCAACUAGUUGGUCUGGUUAUUGCGAGCGCGAUCUUCCAGGCCGAAGCGUUCUCCGGAAUCCGGGCGAUCUUGCCCGCGGACCGCUACACUGACGCAGAUAUCCAGGCGGCGGUUGCGGGCGCGCGAAGCGAGGUGCUAACGCAAGCGUCGCCUGAGAUUCGCGCAGCUGCUAUUGCCGUCAUUGUCGAGGCCAUCGAUAAGAUUUGGAUUCUGGUCAUUGCUGCUUCUGCCAUAUUUACGAUAUGCACACUAUUCCUGACGCGCGAGCGCUUCGUCAAGCCUAAGGGGCGGCACGGCGAGGACAGCGGACCUGCGAUGAUGAUCUUCUAAGGAUCCUCUCGCACGAUCCAGGGGUGGAAAUUCACAUCCGGGAUGUGUUGGAGGCAAUUAAAUGUCCCUCUUCGUAUUAGCUUACUACAGGUAGAAAGGCAGAUUUUUGGUGCCUGUUGUCGAAUAUUCACUCAUUCAAUGGCUGCUCCUAACUAGCUGGCUUAGAUGAUAGACUGGGGGUAGUCACAUACCGG